UUUCUAAUUUCAAUAACUGCGCAAUUUAAUACAACAAGUAGACAUAAAAUACUAAUAAAAUGUUAAAAAUUUAUUUCUUGUUGUUUGUUGUUACAUUUUUGUCAUUUACUAAUGAUUGUCGUGCUGAAUGUUGUCCGACAAUUUCUGCAAAAAAAAACAAAAAAUGCAGAGAUAAAAAUUAUAGAGCGUUUUGGGGAAACCUAUGUAAAGCAUCAUGUGCUGAUGGUUUUCUGCGUGAGGGUUAUCGUUAUUGUGGUGUAGGAUCCUGUAAUAUAUUUGGAUGUAAUUGUGAUGGUGGCUGUAGACGUAAGAAAAAAGUUGUCGAAGACCAAGAAAUUAUAAAAAACAAAAAUAGUGUUGAAGGCAAAAAAAUUGUAGACGACAAAAAUGUUUUGCAAACCAAUCUAAUUGUGGACGAGAACAAAAUUGUGAAAGAGCAAACAAUUCAAGAAGACAAAAAUAGUGUUGAAGACCAAACAAUUGUACACGACAAAAAUGAUUUGCAAGACAAUCAAAUUGUGAACGAGAACAAAAUUGUGGAAAACCAAACAAUUCAAGAAGACAAAAAUAGUGUUGAAGACCAAACAAUUGUACACGACAAAAAUGAUUUGCAAGACAAUCAAGUUGUGGACGUCAACAAAACUGUGAAAGACCAAAAAUAUGUGGAAGACCAAAAAAAAAUUCUAGAAGACAAAAAUAGUGUUGAAGGCCAAAAAAUUGUAGACGACAAAAAUGUUUUGCAAAACAAUCAAAUUGUGAACGAGAACAAAAUUGUGGAAAACCAAACAAUUCAAGAAGACAAAAAUAGUGUUGAAGACCAAACAAUUGUACACGACAAAAAUGUUUUGCAAAACAAUCAAAUUGUGAACGAGAACAAAAUUGUGGAAAACCAAACAAUUCAAGAAGACAAAAAUAGUGUUGAAGACCAAACAAUUGUACACGACAAAAAUGAUUUGCAAGACAAUCAAGUUGUGGACGUCAACAAAACUGUGAAAGACCAAAAAUAUGUGGAAGACCAAAAAAAAAUUCUAGAAGACAAAAAUAGUGUUGAAGGCCAAAAAAUUGUAGACGACAAAAAUGUUUUGCAAUACAAUCAAAUUGGGGAUGACAAAAAUGUUUCGCAUGACAAAAAUAUUGUGGAUGUGAAAAGAUUUGUUUUAGCAUUUUUCUUUGUACUAAUAAUGAUCUGCCUGUUAAUAUAUUUAGUUAAAAAUUAAUUUUUCUUAUCAAUACAAAAUAAUUUAAAAAAAAAAUUAAAACCCUAAUUAAAAGCAGUAGCAAAAAUAUCAUCGUUCGAAAUUGUAGGAAAACAUAUAUUUUAUGUACUCAUUAAAUUAUAAUAUUGCAACACUUUUUAAAAAUUUAUAAUGUAAUUUACUUUGCAACAUUAUCAAUAAUUAAUUUAACACUUGUGUUUAAUUAACCUUUAAUUGAUAAGAAAUAUAUUUAAAUUCUUGGGUAUUAAAAUCAUGUUCAUUCACAAUCUGUCAGCAUAUUGUACUUUAAUUCAACGGAUUGGUAUAUAGUUAUACGACCUUUUUCUAGUUCCUAAUAAAUAUUUAAAUAAAGAAUAAAAAUAGUUUUAUUAACGUCAUCAUAUGAAAAAUUUGGAUACUCACAAUAUUCUAUUGAGAAUAAAAAGAAUUAUUUACCGUAAGGAACAUUAUUUAACUUCAAAAAUAUUUUUAUCCUGUCGUUAUUUGGAUUUCUACAGAUCAUCCAGGAACAUCUAAAAAAUUGUACAAUAAAAUAAAGUUCAGUAAAUUAAAUGGAACCAAGAAAAUAUAUUUAAUUGAUAUCAUUGAUAUUUAAAUAGUUCGAUCUUGAAAUCGUAUAAUUUACGUAAAUAAAUCCUUUUCCUUUCUAGCAUUUUUCUUCAUACUGUUAAUAUAUUUUAGUUAAUGAUUAAUUUUUAUUAUACAAAAUAGUUUUUUUAACCUUCAAAUAAAUACGAAACUUUUUCUCUGCGUUUAAAUAUUUUUAAAGAUUACUGCUCCAAAUUGGAAAAUGAUUUAAAUAAUGAUAACUUUAUUUAAUUGUAAAUUUUAUUUAGAAAUAAUUUUUAAAAAAAUAAAAUACAAAUUAAAAGCAGUAGCAAAAAUACCGUCGUUUGAAACUUUAGGAAAAUAAAUAUGUCCUUGUAAAAGUAUAUAUUAUGAUAUCAAUUUUUUGAAGCCACGUAAACACAAUAAAUUUAAAUCUUUUUUCUCUAGUGCAUGCGUGCAUGAAUUAUGGUUAUAAUAAUAAAAAAUUUUAUGUGAAAAAAAAACAAUUUUUUUUUUCUAUGUACUCUUGGGGUAUAUGAGUUAUACGAAUGGUGGAAGAAAUUUUAAUUUCAAUGACUGCGCAAUUUAAUACGACAACAAGUAGACGUAAAAUACUAACAAAAUGUUAAAAAUUUAUUUCCUACUGUUGUUUGUUGUUACAUUUUUGUCAUUUACUAAUGACUGUUGUGCUGAAUGUUGUCCGACAAUUUCUAUCAAUAAUAGUAAAGAAUGCAGAGAUCUAGAAUUUAUAGUGAUUUGGGGAAACCAAUGUAAAAACUUAUGUGCUGAUGGUCCUCUGCGUGAGGGUCAGCGUUAUUGCGGUGUAGGAUCCUGUAAUAUAUUUGGAUGUAAUUGUGAUGGUGGCUGUAGGCGUAAGAAAGAAGUUGUGGACGACAAAAAAAUUGUGGAAGACCAAAAAAUUUUGGAAGACAAAAAUAGUGUUGAAGACCAAAAAAUUGUAGACGACAAAAAUGUUUUGCAUGACAAAAAUAUUAGGGAUGUGAGUGAAUUUGUUGUGGUAGUUAUCUUUGCACUAAUCUGUCUGAUAAUAUAUUUAGUUAAAAAUUAAUUUUUUUAUCAUAAAAAAUAAUUUUUUCAAAACUUUGCAACUUUAUCAAUGAUUAAUUUAAAACUUGUGUUUAAUUAACUUUCAAUCGAUAAGAAAUAGAUUUCUUGAAUAUUAAAAUCAUGUUCAUUCACAAUCUGUCAGCAUAUUGUACCUUAAUUCAACAGAUUGUAGUUACGACCUUUUUCUAGUUCCUAAUAAAUAUUUAAAUAAAGAAUAAAAAUUGUUUUAUUAACGUCGUCAUAUAGUGUUUUUGGGAAACCUAUGUAAAAAACGAUGUGCUGAUGGUGCUGAUGGUGAAAGUCAAAAAAAUUGUAC